AUUGAAGUCAACCAGGGUCUGGGGUACAAUAAGUGAACAGAAGCCGUAAGCAACACUGCCACUGAAAACAAAUCAAAGUCACACUAAUAUGAGACACAAAUCUGAGUGCGUGUUCAGGGAGGGAAAAACACAUAAACACAGAAAAGAAAAACAAACCACAAAAACGGUCUGUACAGGCAGGCAACGCUCUAGUUUUCUGAAGGCGUUAAUUUUUUUGGUAUGAGAAAGUCACAAAUUAACACAAAAUGUGUGUAACCGCCGGCGAAGUUACCGCCGCGCGCUUCAAAAAUCGCUAUCCUCUUUUAGAAUCCGCAAAAAAGUAAUCACCCAAAAUUGCUCCCGUAAAAAUAUUCAGCUUAUUAAAGUCGAAAGUAAUUACAAGUAGGUUAAUAAAAAAAAAACCAAGAAUGAACGUAAACAAGCGCGACUGACAUGAACCACCACAAUGGCUCGCUGUUAAGUUGAGCUGCCAGUGGGCGGGACUCAGACUCUGAUUGGUCACUCAAGUGUCCAUCAAAUGGGUCCUCGAGCUCCAGUCUUGCGGAACAUUUCUCAAAGUUCAAUACGGUACAGUGCGGUUCUGGAGGGAGAGAGGGAGAAGAUCUGGUGUUACCUGUAAAUACGCAGCAAUGUCCGUCCUCUUCUUCUCAGGAUGGUUAGACCCCAGCAGUGUUUUAAUCUUUCUCUUUGUGUUUUUGAUACUUGUGGACCUAAUUAAAAACAAGGCUCCGAAAAACUUUCCUCCUGGACCACCGUGGUCCCUGCCUUUUGUGGGAGAUCUUUUCCGUAUCGAUUCAGAUAGAGUUCAUCUCCAGGUGACAGAGUUUGCCAAGCGAUAUGGAAAUAUUUAUAGUAUUCGAAUUGGACAAAGGAUAGUUGUCCUGAAUGGUCUACAGCUUGUGAAAGAGGCUCUGGUUGAACAUGGUGAAAACUUUGCUGUUCGUCCAACAGUACCACUCUCUGAAGAUAUUAUGUUGAACAAGGGUUUGUUUGGCUCCAAUGGAUAUCAAUGGAAGCAACAAAGAAGGUUUGCUCUCUCUACUCUGAGAAACUUUGGACUGGGGAAGAGAAGUCUUGAGUCACAGAUCCAAGUGGAGUGUAGGUUCCUAAAUGACGUCAUAGACAAGAGUCAAGGCCAGCCAUUUGAACCUAUUUCCGUUGUUAACAAUGCUGUUGCCAACAUCAUCAGUUGUCUGGUGUUUGGCGACCGGUUUGACUACAGCGACAGCUACUUCCAAACACUGCUGAAAUUAAUCAAUGAACUACUUUAUUUGGAGGGAGGCAUUUGGGCUCAGUUGUACAACAUGUUCCCAUGGCUGAUGCGAAGAGUACCUGGUCCACACAAAAAAAUAUUUUCCCACUUGGGAAUUUUGACUGACUUUGUAAAGCUAAAAAUUAAGGAGCACAAGGAGGACUGGGAUGCUUCAACUCCGAGAGACUACAUUGACAGCUUCCUUUCUGAGAUGGAAAAGUGGAAAGAUGAUGCUGAAGCAGGUUUCAAUGAGGACAACUUGUGUUUCUGCACUCUGGACCUGUUUACUGCUGGGACAGAAACAACAUCAACUACACUGAACUGGGCUUUGCUGUAUAUGAUUAAAUACCCAGAAAUACAAGAGAAGGUACAAGCAGAAAUAGACCAAGUACUUGGAUCCUCACGUUUGGCAACCAUGGCAGACAGAGCCAAUAUGCCCUACACUGAUGCUGUUAUUCAUGAGAUACAGAGGAUGGGUAACAUUGUACCACUGAAUUUGGUGCGUCUGACGACAAAAGACACCACACUGAGAGGAUACACAAUUCCAAAGGGUACUAUGGUGAUGGCAACAUUACACUCUGUGCUUUUUGAUGAGACUGAGUGGGAGACUCCUUUCACAUUUAAUCCUGGCCAUUUCCUGGAUGCAGAGGGGAAGUUCAGAAGACGAGAUGCCUUCUUGCCUUUCUCAGCUGGCAAGAGGGUGUGUCUUGGGGAGCAGCUGGCACGGAUGGAGUUGUUCCUGUUCUUCACCUCCCUUCUCCAGCGGUUCACAUUCUCUCCACCCCCUGGUGUGGAGCCCACCCUGGAGUCCAAAGUGGGAGUCACCCACAGCCCUAAGCCAUACAAGUUGUGUGCUGUACCCCGCUGAACACAACAAUGUCAUAAGGGAAGUUUUUUGCUGGAAAUUUGACAAUGUCCCGAUGCCACACUGAACUAAUUUUCUGAAAGUGUACGAUAAAAAAGAAUAGAGUGGUGUAGGCAUAUAUAUCCCAUGGAAGUGGAUAAGGUGGAGUUGUAACUUAAGUUACAAUGUCAUAUUACCUACUUCAGUAACAGGUGUUUUGGGCGUUUGCUUUUCUCAUUGGGGGCAGGGGUGUGAAAAUUAAGUUAUUAUCAUCACAAGGACCAAAACUGAACACAUUUUAACAAAUCUUCAAAUUUUUCUUGAAGAUGUAUGAUAACAUAUCUUAUCAGUCUGAGUUGAUAGCUUGUUAUGCAAAUUUUCAGGCACAAAUUACAUUUGCUACUAACUCAGAUCUCUUGUAAAUGGAGCUCCAGUUAUACAAACCCCAUUUCCAGAAAAGUUGGGACACUUU